AUGAACGUGCGCAACGCCAACCUGUCCUUCAAUCCGGAGCCGUCGGGCCGCCCCGACCUCGAGGGUGCGUGGCUCUUCAGCGCCGCGCCGGCGGUCCAGCAGUCCGCCCUCGCCCUCGCUCGUGCUGGCGGCCCCGGCGGCACAACCUACCUCUACACCGACGAGGCCCUGGGUACUGCCCAGGGCUUUUGCGCCUCGCCGGUUACCGGUCAAAGGCAUUCCGUCUCGCCGCCGACGGCUGUGCGCAUCCCGGCGCGACCUAUCACACUCCCUCCAUCGCCCGUGAGCUCGUUCGUCGAGCAGCCGUUGGCGCGCACUUCGAGCGGCUCGAGUCGUUGCGAGCCCGUCCUGCCGCUUAUCGCGAGCGUUUUCCCUACCGCUGCGAGCGCGGUCGCCGACCGCUCGCACAUGCUGGAGAUUGUGAUGCCGCCGUCGCACGCGCUGCAAGGAUUUGUGUGCGACAGCCCGCAGGGCCGUAUCGCCUUCGUGCACCUUCCGCCAUCGCCGCCGAGUGCGCCGCGCGCGGACCACCUCGCACCGCACUUCUCGGACGUUCUUCGCCCCCACGACCCGCACCGUCCCCAUCCCGUGCCGCAACAGGCAGCUGGAGGCGUUCCCGACAUCAGAGAGAAUCUCACGGCCCUCCUUGACCUCGCGGACACGCUUCAGGCGGAGCACCUCAUGCUCAUCCUCGACCGCGACGAGCGCGAGCCUGCCCCGCUCGAUGAUCUCCUCCACGCUCUCAUGUACGUCGGUGGUGCCCCUGUGCGCCCCAGCGCGCCCGUCGGAGAGUGGGAUUGGGACCCGCGCAGGUGGGCCCUCGUCAGCAUCGAGCUGUAA